AUGGCGCCCCUUAAGACUGUCCUGAUCACCGGCUGCUCCGCCAACGGCAUCGGAUCGGCCCUGGCCGAGGCGCUCGCCAAUCAAGGCCACCACGUCUUCGCCACUGCGCGCUCACCUUCCAAAAUUCCGUCGUCUCUCACCACUCUGUCCAAUGUCACCCCUCUCCAGCUCGACGUCACCUCAUCGGAAUCUGUAGCUGCCGCACUCCAGGCCGUCGAGCAGCACGGAGCAGGCCUCGAUAUUCUCAUAAACAAUGCGGGCUCCGGAUACACCAUGCCGCUGCUGGACGUCGACCUCGCCCAGGCCCAGCAGGUCUACGAGACCAAUAUCUGGGGACCGCUGCGCCUCACACAAGCUGUAGCACCAUUGCUACUAUCCCGCGGUGGACGCGUCGUCAACAUAAGCAGCGUGGGUGCCGUAGUUCCCACGCCAUGGAUCGGCAUCUACUCAUCCUCGAAAUCGGCCCUGAGCAAUCUCUCCGAGACUUUGCGACUCGAACUCGCGCCACUAGGCGUAUCCGUGGCCACGCUCAUGAUCGGCACCGUCACGACGCCUUUCCACGCAAACGAGCCCACAUUCACCAUCCCGCCAAGCUCACGGUAUGCAGCUAUCGCGCAGACCAUCUCCCGCUGGGCCUCGGGUGAGGCGAGUCCAAAGGGAUGCUCGGCACAGGAGCUGGUGGAUUUGAUCCUGCCUGAUGUACUGGGUACGACAGGAAAUGGCAUGUUCUGGCGCGGGCCAAAUAGCGGUGCGGUGAAGUUUGUUUCUCAAUGGGUGCCGGGGUGGUUGGCUGAUCGCAUGAUGAGCAUGGGCCAGGGGUUGGAUGAGCUCGCGGCGAGUCAAUGAAAGUGAACAAUGGCUAGGUCCGCUUAGCCGCUUGAACAUUUAUAAAACUCUGAGAUGCGAUUGUAGAUAUUCGAUGCUCGCUAUAACGCAACCUACAUACAUCCUGCUCGGGGGCACUGUUACCCAUGUAGAGUGCCUAAGGUGUCUCGUGAAUUCCGACCGUCAUGGAUCGUUACUGCCUCGGGCGAAUAUAGUAGAGAUAGGAGAAAAUCCAUGCUUAUCGUACCUCCAUGUAUCUGAAGAAAAACCAAGAAAAAAAAAUUAAAUCAGCUCGUAUCAUAUUAUAGCCAAAUAUAGCUUUCUAAAA